CUGCUCCAAAGAUGACCUACUAUGGAAAAUGCAUUGAGACUGUGAUAGAGCAACUUGACAAAUUUAAGCCUCAUAAGGACAACCCUGAGCAGUUCCUGGAGACGGUGUCCACCUCCUUACAGCAGACUCUGAGCCCCCAGAAGCUUUCUUUCAUUUUGGACAUUCUGGCUGGCUGCCUUGAAUACCGGAAGUUACUGACCGUUGUGGUGGAUGCCUUCUAUGUACGGGAUGGUCGGCUCUGCCUGUGGGCCGACUAUAGCCUCUUUGAGGUGAUCUGCUACCUGGCCAUGUUCCAGCUGGAUGAGCUCGGCUUCCAGCUCUUCUGCAGCAUCAUCAAGUCCCAGCCUGUGGCUAAGACUUGCAAGUUCCUCAGGUUUUUCUUUAACCCCUUGAACCUGUGCUCGUGGAUCAAGGACGAAUGGAGCCUCAUCUAUGAAACAGCCCAUGUGAAGGAGAACUGGAUUGACCCUCUGAUGAGAUGGCAGCCAGAGGUCCAAGAGCUGAUCAAUCAACUGGAGGGAGUGCCAACUGAUCGAACUCUCUUGAAGACCAAGGCCAAAGUCACAGAGCCCAAGGAAUUCAACCUGACUGUCCCCAAACCCCGUGCCAUUACAAUGCCUGAGCCUGUCCCCACUAUGGCCAAGCCAAGACCCGUCCCUCAGAGUACCUACCAGGAGCCCAAGGAGCAGAAGCUUCUGCAGAUGAUCAAGAGAUUCAACCGCCGGACUGCUGAGGAGCUGCUGCUGAAAGCAAACAUGGAAGAGCUACGGUGUGCCAUGCCCCGGUUACGCAAGGAUCCACAAGUGCAGGAUGUCAAGAAGCAGCAGCAGCAGCAGCAGCAACAAUCUGUACCCCGGAUACGCAGGACUCCAAAUCUGACCUUCUACAAGCCAAACAGCUUCCCGGUCAAGCUGAACACAGCCACCAUCCUUCGAGAAGGGGCCUUGUACCAGCGGCAGGUGGAGAAGGAGCUGCAGAGAGUUGAUAAGCUUGUGGAUGGGGCUGGGGACUUCUCUGAGUUCCUCGAGUGGCAGAAGAAGAUGCAGGCGAAGGACCUGGAGGAACAGCUGGCUGCAGGCGAGUGCCGGAGGCUGCAGGGGAAGCUGAGUCACGAGGAGGCCAUCUUGGCCCGGCAUAACCUCAUGCAGGAAAAUAAGCAGAAGGCUGACCAGAAGAAGGAGGAGACAGCUGAGCUAAUGCUGCAGUGUGCUGAGAGGCGCCUCCAAGAGGAGAAGUCCAUGAGGGAGCUGGUGGAGCAGGUCACAGAGGCCCAGAAGAAUGUCAGGCUGGCCCACAUGAAGCUCGUGAAGGGCCGGCAGCAAAUAGUUCAGGAGGUGAUAGAGGAGAGCCGAGAGUUGCUACAGCGUAGCACAGAGGAAGCCAGAGAGGAGCAGAGGCGGCGUUGUGAGCUCAUCGCCCAGCUGCGUGCACUGGAGACACAACCCACCCGCAAGGGGAAGCUGGUGGACCUUACCCAGAUCCCGGGAUAUGGCCUGGAAGGCGAGAUGUCUGUUGUGGAACUUAGAGAACGGCUCGCCCUGCUCAAAGAGACCCAGAAACGAGAGCGGAGGGAAAAACGGGAUCACAUCAUCCAGGACAAGCGAGCCAAAAGCCAAAAGCUACAGAACACAGUGGAGCAGAUCUCACUAUGCCGCGCAGCCAUGGGCAGAACUGCAGCCUUGAGGUGGGAGGAAAAGAAGGCCCAGGCGGCAAGCCUGGGGACACCCUCCCAGGACGAGCGCGUGCUGGAGCUGCAGCGCAGAAUGGAGGAGAGGGUAGCUGAGCGCCGCAAGCAGACAGCAAAGCUGCUUCUGUCACCAUCCCGUGCCGUGCGCCCCCAGCUGCGGGCACAGGAGGAGGUCCAGCACUGGCUGGAGCUGGACCAGAGUCGCGAGCGCAGGCUGCAGGCGAGGCAAGAGGCCGACCGCACCUGCCAGCCUACACGUCACCUGAAGGCCUCCUGAGGCCGCCGGCGGCCCCACGCCUACACCGCGUGUGGCUGCAGACCUGGGACCCCUGCCCCUCUGUCAACGACUCUCUUCCAGCACCCUCUACCAAGAAGCCCAGCCUCUCCCCAGCUCCAGUCUG